UUUUGACAUCCAUUUAUUUUAUGGUUAUGUUCAAAUCGAUGUGCUAAAGAAAAAAACCUCAACAAUUUUUUUUGGGUACUUUUUCGAAGUUUUCCAUAACUAUUUUAUAAAUAAAUUCAAAAUGUUGGCCCGAAUAGUGAAAUCAACACAAAUUGGAAGUGUUGUACUUCGACAGUAUCCACGAGUGACAGUUUGUUCACAAGUAAAACAUUUUAGUGAUAAAGUUGACGAAGCAGCAGCAAAUACCAGUUCAAAUGAGGAAAAAGUUGAGACAAACAAUAAAUUGGGCUCAUUUGCCAAGGCAUUUAUAGAACUCGAAAAGAUUAACGAAGAAAAAGAACCGGCUCCAGUUGUUCAAGUGCCCUUUAAAAAAUUGCUGAAAGAUUCCAAAUUUAUUGAUCUGGGCGAUCCAUUGAAUAAAGUCGUGUCAGGUGAAAUUGUGCAAGUAGUCAACGAUGAUUUAUACAUUGAUUUUGGAUGGAAAUUCAACUGUGUAUGCAAUCGACCAAAAAGGAAUGGAGAAAAAUAUGUUCGUGGAGCCAAAGUAAAGCUACGUGUGACAGAGCUCGAGCUAUCAUCACGAUUUUUGGGCGAAGAAAAGGAUUUAACCAUAUUAGAAGCUGAUUGUAAAUUAAUUGGUUUAAUUUCAUCACCAGUGAAGUCAAGCUAAAGCAUCGAAUUCAAAUGAUUUAUUAGAAAUAAAAUUUAUAUUCAAAAUAAAAACGAAAA